GUUAACAUAAGUCAACGUGAAUAUGUUACAAAGUAUAGGGAAUAUUUACGGCGGGUGCACGAUCGCAAGCGACGAGAGCUAGCUCAAUCAACAUAUGCUAUUGGAAACAAAGCUGAGCAGGAAUUAGAAAGCGCCCCUUUACGUAUAGUCAGCAUCGCUCCGAAUGUCACGAAGUACGAGACUUAUUUGCGUCGAAAACGGAACACUCAAACUUUUUUGGAUAACUUUCCCCAUACAAAAGAUGAGGUAACCAAUGCUGAAACAGUAUCUAAUAAUUUCGUAUUACCACGACAGCAGCGGAACAAUAACCGAAAGUUUCGGCAAAAACAAACUACUAUGAUUUUACAUUUUGCUCUGGAGACAAACGCUGCUCAAUUGCAACCCGGCGAUGUCGAAGAGGCCAACAUUCGGCUUAUGAUAAUACACAGCUCGGCUUUAGCAGUCAAGCCCAAUAAAAAAAAACAGAAAUCUAAAAAUCGAUCAUGUGGCAACAGCGUAGAAAAAAGUGGUAAAGACCAUGCUAACGCCACGGCGGCCAAUGAUAAACAGAAACAUAGAUUAAAUUUGAAGGUAUUUCAACGUUUGGGAAAUGGUAAACGGGUCUGUCUCGAUAGCUCUAAACUGACCAUCGAGAUAGAUCAAAGCCGCAAAUAUGAUACUCAUAGCCAAUGGGUGCAGUUUGAUGUGACAAAAGCUGUAGAGACAUGGUUACGCGAGGAGCGGUCUAAUCUGGGUCUGGAAGUGCAGUGUGAUAAUUGCCAACGUGUUGGUGCUCGUAUAUUAAACGACAUUUCGUCACCCACUAAUGUAGACGAUGCGGACGCCGAUGGUGCACAACUAAUGCCAAUUUUAAACAUAAUUGGUCAUCUUGGCGUGUCAUACAAGGAAAUCAGAUCCAACAAACAUUCCAAUUCCGUUGAGAAGCGACAUCACUAUCAUAACGUGGCCACAUUUUCAAAUGGUCAACAAGGUCUCAGCGGUGCUAUUGACAAACUUUCUUGUCAUAAAUUCAAUCAACGUUGCUGUCGGCACACAAUGGAAGUAAUAUUCAAGGAAAUCAAAGGUUUUGAAUUUAUUAUUCAGCCAAAGGUAUUCGAUGCUGGAUAUUGUCAUGGCCGUUGUCCACCACGAUAUAAUCCGGCUCACCAUCACGCCAUGUUGCAGAGUUUAAUAUGGAAGCAAAAUCGUGAACGCGUACCUCGCCCCUGUUGUGCGCCUUCUAAACUAGUCGAACUAGAAGUAUUGCAUGUGGACGAGAAAGACAGUGAAAAACUGAAGAUCUCCACGUGGACAGACAUGCGAGUGGUCGAAUGUGCUUGCUCAUGAAUGUCACAGACACUACAGCGAUCCCGUUUCUGCUAUUUCUCCAGUAAUAACUGUCUAUUGGCCGGUAAGACAAUAAUUGUGUGAUAGCGAGAUGAGUUCUAUAGUAUUUAAUAUUGCUUAUUUAUUUAUACAAUACAUAUACACAUACAUAUAAGCGGACACAAGUCUACCUAACAUGAACGUUAAAUAUAUUUAUUCAUGUGAAAUCAAAUAUAUAUUUAUAUAAUUAAUUUUUUAUACAAAAGUUGUUUUUACAUUAUUUAAGUUUUCCUCUUAAGGUAACAUGUAUUUCGUUGAUUUAGUUUGCAAACGCGCAUAGUCUUACUAUUUCCAUUUUAAUCAAAAUUGAGAAUUGUAUUCGUACGCAGAUAUCACAACUAAAAACAGAUCAUUACCAAAAAUUUUGGCGGAAUGCCGUUCUUACAUGUUGUUGUGAAUAGGUAUCCUAAUGUGAUAAGUAAAUAAAUAAAUAAUAUAUAAUUUAAAUGAUUUUAACAAGUAAUUUAAGUUUGAACAAAAGCCAAUACCGAUGAGCUCACGUUUUGCUUCAUUUUCACAAAUUUAUUUUUCGCCUAAAAAAUUAAAAUAAAUGGUUUAAGCACGAUUGGAUACUAAGCUAACGAUAUUUUAAUGUACAUACAUACAUGUAUAGUCAUGACCGUUGUUAAGUCAAACAAACAAACUGAAAUUCCAGUGCGUUGGAUGUAUGAUUGGAAAAAUAAAAUAUGUAGUUUUACAGACAUAUACAUAAGUAAUUCUUGAUUUGAUGCCCCAAACGACACAUGCAGUUUUUCUCAGGGUGAAACUAAUAAAUGUCAGAUAUAUUUCUAACCCAUAUUUUGUAUUUGUCGGAAAUAUAAUUUUUUAUACAACGACAAACUCUAAUAAUAAUAAAAUAAAAUUAUAACAUUUUC